GAAGAGUGGAGGAGAGAGAAAAGAGCUGUAAGGGUAACUAUGGAAGAGCCUUCUAGGCAGAGGGAACCAAGGUCCUGGGGUGGCAACUUACCUGAUUUGUUCAAGGAACAUCAGAGCGGCUACAGAACACUAAGCAGGGAGGAGAAUGGCUUUAGAGGCAAUGCCUGCCCAGUUACCAUUGCUUUUUCUCGAGCUGUGAUGCAGGAGGCGCUCGUGAGAGUUUGGAGUCAGGCGAGGGGCCCUUUGGCAGCUGUAACUACUUUCUGCGGCCCUGGGCAGCUGGAGCUCCUCCUGCUUUUAACCGGCAGGCCCGGCUCAGGGGCUCUCAGAGCCCAGCCCGUUGCUGGCGUGGGCACCGCCCUAGCAGGUCAGAAGCCAGCCACGCAAGCCCAAGCCGUGGGCGAGAGCACCGACGUGAGCAGGAUGAUAUUCUCGCCACAACCCUCGCAAGGCUGGUUACUUUGUGUGAGCAGAGACCUCAUCACUGAGGUCAGUCAGAGAGAGGAGCCUGACCACCGCGCUCUCUCUUGAGAUAUAUGAGUUUUGGAUUUUCCCAUAGCCAGGGUCAGAAUGCUGCCCCUCCGUCAUGCUCUGGCCAUAGCUGUUGUCCAGAUCUUUAUCUUGUCGGGAAACUGGACAUUGGCCAAGAACAUCAACUUCUACAACGUGAGGCCUCCUUUGGACCCAACGCCAUUUCCAAACAGCUUCAAGUGUUUUACUUGUGAAAAUGCAGGAGAUAAUUAUAACUGCAAUCGAUGGGCAGAAGACAAAUGGUGUCCACAAAAUACACAGUACUGUCUGACAGUUCACCACUUUACCAGUCAUGGAAGAAGUAUAUCCAUCACCAAAAAAUGUGCCUCCAGAAGUGAAUGUCAUUUCGUUGGCUGCCACCACAGCCGAGAUUCUGAACAUACAGAGUGUCGGUCUUGCUGUGAAGGCAUGAUCUGUAACGUAGAGUUACCCACCAACCACACGAAUGCGGUCUUCGCCAUCAUGCACGCGCAGAGAACAUCCGGCAGCGGCGCCCCCACGCUCUCCCUGCCCGGGCUUGCCUGGGUCUUCGUGCUUCUGCUGAUACGAGGCCACUGUUCCUAGGAGAGGCAAAAACCGCCCUCUGAAGCACAAGCCAAAAACCGCAUGAACGCUGAACGUUGGAGAGAAGACAGUCUCACACUUGGUGAGGAGUGCACCUUGGACCCCAGAGCAGACGGCAGUUGAUUGCUGAGCUGAAACCUUCCUGCCUCAGGCCACGGGAUUGAGGAAGGGGACGUGGCAGGAACUGAGGGGAUCGCCUGGCUCCCAGGCUUCCUGGCCAGAGAGGCUGCAUUUUGUCACUUCCACAGAGAGGAGCCUGCCAGCAUCUGCCCCAGGUGGGUGGCUGUAGCCUGUGUUGUUCCUGCUGGCCCAGGCCGGUAGCUGAAUGGACUCCUCGACCUCAAGACUCUUUCAGAAGCUGCUGGGUCAGACCCUCUGAUUUCUGUGUGUGAUGAGCUCAGUGUCUCUAUGAAAUCUCACCCUUCCCCCACGAGAAAGCAAUUUCCCCACCAACGACGAAGUCAAUGAGAAGGGCCACUAGCUACGGGAAGAAAACUUCCAGUUGAACUAAUAUGAAACCCAUUUGCUCAUGUGGGGGGAAAUAAAGCUUUUAAAUUAUA